CGCGAGAAUGCGCGCCACGCCACCCCCCUCUUUGGAGAAUGAGCUUGAGCCCUGCCUCUUCUUCUUCUCCGCCGCCCGGUGACGUCACGCAGCCCCGGAGAGUGAGCGCGAAUAGCUGUGGCAGGAGCAAGUCGUCACGUUAGUUAGGAGUAACGCAGCAACAUGCAGCCGGCAUCUGCAAAGUGGUACGACAGAAGGGACUAUGUCUUUGUUGAAUUUUGUGUUGAAGACAGCAAACAAGUGAAAAUAGAUUUUGGAAAAAACAAACUAACUUUCAAUUGCCUUGGGGGAUCAGAUAGUCUUAAGCAUCUAAAUGAAGUUGAACUUUUUCAAGCCAUUGAUCCUAAUGAAUCCAAACAUAAAAGGACAGAUAGGUCUGUUCUGUGUUGUUUACGAAAAGCAGAAUCUGGCCAAUCAUGGCCACGUUUGACAAAAGAAAAAGCAAAGCUCAACUGGCUUAGUGUGGAUUUUAACAACUGGAAAGAUUGGGAAGAUGACUCAGAGGAAGACAUGUCAAAUUUUGAUCGCUUUUCAGAGAUGAUGAACAACAUGGGAGGAGAUGAGGAUGUAGAUUUACCAGAGGUUGAUGGUGCAGAUGAUGGCUAUAGGAGGGAGAGGACCUCUUAAACCUGUUGCACUGUCCUGCUGUCAGACAGCAUUAAGGACUCGCCAGAUAGUGAUGAUGAAAAAAUGCCUGAUCUGGAGUAAGAAGACUUCAUGGGCAGGGGUGGGUGGUUGGAUGGAUGGAAAACAGAUUUCAACAUAUUUGGCAAAAGUUGCCAAUACCCAAGUUGUACAUACAGUUACUAAGUACUUCCAGUCAGCCUUGUUCAUUUUGUUAUCACGGAAUGGCUUUCAUCAGGAGUUGGAGCUUAAAACUGUACAUGGCAUCCUUUUACCAUUUAUCCCCAAAGAGCUUCAGCUAAAAAACUUCCAUGAUUUGCAAGCUUCUCUGGAACACAGUUGUAUGUUGAUGUCAUAUGUGGCUAUAAUGGAACAGCAUGGAUUGUGUUUACAUUUUAAAUUUUGUUUUCCUACCCCAGAUCUUCAUUAGAUGGAGUUUCUUGUAUUAGUACAUGCACAAAGACACUGGCAAAACUGACAUACAUAUAAUAAACCAUGCAAGAAAGCUUAUUUUUUAUAAAAGGUUUUAUAAACUAUAGUUAAGCUAUAGCAUACAAAAUCAAUCUGCUUGAUUGAAAAAUGUCAUCUAGUCUUACAUUGUCCUUUGUUGUAAAGUAUUAGUUUUAUGGCUAUACAGAGACAUAGAUGUCAGCGAUUAUUAAAACUAAAGUUUUCAUGGGCUUUGUUCCUGUUUUUUAAAUCAUGCCUCACUGCAUUAUUACUAGAUGUCCACACAUCUAUGGACCUCUAAUGAAAAAUGUACUGUCCACUCUACUUUAUGCCCCACAGAGCACUACUUCAUCUCAUUUUGCAGAGGAAUGAGGGGUUUUAUAAGGGUUGUGGACAUGUUUGUCUUUGGUACUGUAGAGUAACCUCUUAAGAUGUGUGUAUUAGCUACUUUGCCAGUAAUUUUCUCUUCAAAUUGUUCGUUAUGAACCACAUUAACAAUUGAGGACUUGCAUCCUUAAAGGCACAAUAAAGUCAAAAACAAACUUCCAUGAUUUAGAUAAAGCAUGCAAUUUAAACAACUUUCCAACUUGCUUCUAUUUGUAUUUUAUUGGUAUCCUUUGUUGAAAAGCAUCCCUAGGUAGGCUCAAAAGCAGCAAUUUACUACUAGGAGCUAGCUGCUGAUUGGUGGUUGUACGUUUAUACCUCUUGUCAUUGGCUCACCCAAUUGUGUUAAGCUUCCAGUAGUGCAUUGCUGUUACUUGAACACGAGAUACCAUGAUAAUUAAUCGACUCAAAGGAUAUAAUAGAAACUUCAGACUCAUUAAAACCAAACAAGCUGUGAUGUUUCUUUUAUAAAUCAAGUUUAUCAAUAAAAAUGCUCCUAUGUAUGUUUUAAAGGCUUCCAGUAGUGCAUUGCUGUUACUUGAACACGAGAUACCAUGAUAAUUAAGCGACUCAAAGGAUAUAAUAGAAACUUCAGACUCAUAAAAGAAACAUCACAGCUUAUGUUUGGUUUUAAUAAAUCAAGUUUAUCAAUAAAAAUGCUCCUAUGUAUGUUUUAAAGGCCUUACACAUUUCAGCAAAAAACAAGUUUAAAAAGCUAAGUAUUUUCCAUUGGGUGUUCUUGAAUUCCUGGAUGAGGUUCACCUAUGUCAAGUCUUUUGAAGCCCUUCUCAAAGAGUUCAGCGUUGCUGAAUAAAUAUGUUUUAAGGGAACUUAAAACCUCCUUUUUGUUUUUUUUAAAGCCGUGCAUAAUUCAGUUUCAACCUGAUUUGAUUGGCCACAGCAAGAUAAACCUUUGAAACAUAUAUAUUUAAGAGAUGUAUGUCCUGAACCGCUUUUAAUUUUGAAAAUCCUGCACGUAUUUACUUACAAAACAAGUUUCAAAUGGUUGUAUAAUACAUUGCUUAAAGGGACAAUACAUCAUUUUGAUUACUCAUUGUUAUAUACCAGAGAAGCAUCUUGCAAUAUUAAGAAGUAAAUUACAUUUUAAGUAUUCAUAGUUUAUUAGGAGCCGAAAAUGGUGCCAAGCUCUGCCCACCUGUUGCAUGUAUAUGUUGGUAUGUUAAGUUUCUCCAAUCACGCUCAACUUUUAUAUACGUUUUCCUACUCGCACAUUCUGAUUUUGUGCAUGUGCAAUUUUCAAAUAGCUAACACAAAAAUAUUAAAUGUGCACAAGAAAACAGCUAACUGGACAAGAAAGCUGUGGGCGGAGCUUGGUGCCCAUUUUCAGCUGCUAACAAUGAUUAAGUUUACAAGAUUUAUAGAUGUAAAACCCACUGGAAGAAGCUUGUCUGGUAUGUUACAAUUGGUAAUAAAGAAUAAGUGUUGGUCUAGACUGUCCCUUUUUUAUGAUUUCUAUAAAUGCAUAGUACAAUCUCCCUUAAAAAGCAAAAUCAAGAGAUGUUUUCAUGCCCACCCCGGAUAUAAAGUUGUUGCACUAAAUUAAUUAAUUCUCCCACAUCUAGCCCUGAAGUGAAGAAAUGUGAUCUAACCAUGCAAAAUACUUGCAAGGCUUUUAUUUUACAGCUAAAUGCACUAGUUUCUAAAAUCUUGGAUACUAGAAUGACGUUAUGCUGAAAUUUCUUAAAGGGACAGUUAACACAUUUUUGUUCUUUAAAAAGAAAGCUAGUCCCUUUAUUACCCAUUCCCCAGUUUUGCAUAACCAACACUGUUAAAGAAAUACUUUUUACCUCUGAUUACCUUGUAUCUAAGCCUCUGCAAACUGCCCCCUUAUUUCAGUUCAUUUGACACUUGCAUUUUAGCCAAUCGGUGCUCACUCCAGGGUAACUUCACAAGCUCAAUGUUGUCUAUAUGAAACACAUGAACUAAUGCCCUCUAGUUGUCAAAAUGCAUUCAUAUUACAGGCAGUCUUCAAGGUCCAAGAAAUUGGCAUAUGAAACUCCUUGGUUUAGCUUUCAACUAAGAAUACCAAGAGAACAAAGCAAAUUGGUGAUAAAAGUAAAUUGGAAAGUUGUUAAAAAUUACAUUCCCUAUUUAAAUCAUGAGGGUUUUUUUUUGGACAUGACUAUCCCUUUAAGUGCCUGAGUUUCAGAAUAACCUUAUGUGACAUCAACUUGUAUCAUGUUUCACAAGGGCUUUUAAUAGGGUUAGUUGAUAAUUAGGGUCAUGUGGACACUGAGUGGUGAUGAAGAAAUUGCCACCCUCCCAGCCAUGUUUAGCCAGUAUAAUUGAUCUAAUUUAACACUUUUGUCUCUGGCUUUGGAAGAAAAUAGCCAGCUGUAUAUUGUUCUCAUCAGUUUGUACAUUUAGACCAAAUUGUAUUUGCACUGUCACAAUAUAUAUUAAAGAGAGAUUAACAAUGUUAAUACACUAUUCAGUUUGUUUUUGAUUUAUUUCUAUAAUGAGGUGAAGAAGCUUAGUUGUGUUCAGUGGUGUUUUUUUUCUCAAUUGUCUGCAUUAUUUUUUAAUAAACUGCUAAGAUGAAUUGCA